AUGGCCGAUCCUAUGGAGAUUGACGAGCCAAGAGGCACCAAACGAAAGGAGCCAUCGCCUCCAGUUGAAUAUGCUCCUCGCCGAAUCAAGGCUAGUGCUCCCUUUUCAAUCUUCAAUCAAGCUUUAGAUCCGGACGUUGUGAACAAGAUUGCUGCCGGCGAGAUCAUUGUAGCCCCGGUGCACGCUCUAAAAGAGUUAAUAGAAAACGCGGUUGAUGCAGGUUCUACCUCUUUGGAGGUGCUUGUCAGAGAUGGCGGCCUGAAGUUGUUGCAGAUUACCGAUAAUGGCCACGGGAUUAAUAAAGAGGACUUGCCAAUCUUAUGUGAGAGGUUCACCACAUCUAAACUCCAGAAAUUCGAGGACUUAAGUAGUAUUGCCACUUAUGGCUUCCGAGGCGAAGCCCUUGCUAGCAUUAGCCACAUUGCUCACUUGACAGUAACCACGAGGACUAAGGACUCAGAUUGUUCAUGGCGAGCACAUUUCGACGGGGGCAAGCUAUCACCCGCGAAGCCUGGACAGUCACCUGAUCCUAAACCUAUCGCCGGGCGUAUUGGCACACAGAUAUCAGUUGAAGACUUAUUUUACAAUGUCCCAACGAGGCGGAAAGCCUUUAGGUCCGCUUCGGAUGAGUAUAACAAGAUAAUUGACAUGGUAGGGCGUUACGCCAUUCACUGCGCUGGUGUCGCCUUCUCCUGUAAGAAACAUGGCGAUUCGGGUACGUCUAUUACGGUGCAGCAACAAGCUUCUACAAUAGACCGCAUUCGUCAGAUUCAUGGCAGCGCCGUCGCAAAUGAGCUCAUAGAAUUCACCGCGUCUGAUGAUCGCUGGGGUUUCAAGGCUUCGGGAUGGGCAACGAAUGCGAACUACCAUAUCAAGAAGACAACCUUCCUGCUUUUUAUCAACCAUCGCAGUGUUGAUUCAUCUAACAUCAAGAAGGCGCUGGAACAGACUUACUCCGCCUUCCUUCCUAAAAAUGGACAUCCAUUCGUAUAUCUCAGUCUUGAAAUUGACCCUCAACGAGUUGACGUCAACGUCCAUCCAACAAAAAAGGAAGUUAACUUUCUGAAUGAAGAUGAGAUCAUUCAAUCCAUCUGCAAGAAUAUCCGGGAUAGACUAGCAGCGGUAGAUACGAGCCGCACUUUCUUCACACAGACUUUACUUCCCGGUUCUACGCUUUCCGAUACGUCUCAACCAGACCCGAAUGGGUCCACUCUCAAAACCCCUAGUGGUACGCGAAAAGCGCCUGUGCGGGACGAUCGCAACAUGGUUAGAACGGAUGCUUCGUUACGCAAGAUCACCAGCAUGUUCCCUGUUGCUUCGGCAGCGCCAGCAACCCGUACGUCGAGUAAUGCCGCGCUCGACGCAGCUCAAGAACCAGUUUACGAAACAACUGACCGUGAGCCAAUCCUGUGUAGACUGACGAGUGUGCGCGAACUUCGCUCUGUUGUUAGAGAUGAUAUGCACCACGAGCUCACCGAGGUAUUUGCUAAUCACACUUUUGUCGGCAUCGUGGACGAGAGACGGCGACUAGCUGCCAUUCAAGGGGGUGUCAAACUCUUUCUUGUCGAUUAUGGUAGAGCAUGUUUUGAGUACUUCUACCAGGUAGGACUUACCGAUUUUGGCAAUUUCGGUGUUAUAAAAUUCCAGCCUGCGCUUGACCUACGUGAAGUUCUCAAAAUUGCAGCCGAACAAGAAAAGGCUGCUACCACGGAUGAUGACGGAUUUGAGGUGGACGAAGUUGUGGACACGGUCGCAGAGCAACUGAUCGAGAGGAGGGAAAUGUUGCUGGAGUACUUCAGCCUUGAGAUAUCUCCAGCAGGAGAAUUGUUAAGCAUACCGCUUCUCCUCAAAGGUUAUACGCCGUCAAUGGCAAAGUUGCCGCAAUUUAUUCUUCGGCUUGGUCCCUAUGUAGAUUGGACGGACGAGAAGUUGUGCUUCGAAACGUUCCUUAAGGAGCUGGCAACAUUCUACGUUCCAGAACAACUUCCAGCGCUCCCAAGCAACGACGAGACGGAGGAAGAUGUUCCCGACGAGAUCAAAGCGAGAAGAGAACAGAUUCGUCACGCAAUAGAGCAUGUAUUUUUCCCGGCGUUCAAGGCAAGAUUGGUAGCGACGAAGUCGUUCAUGAAGGGUGGUAUGCUUGAGUUGGCGAGCCUGAAGGGGCUUUACAGGGUCUUUGAACGUUGCUAA